UUGUAGUCUGGUGCAGCAGCACCCCCUCCCUUUCUUUCUUCCGUGUCCUUUUAACGUUCGUUCCCUACCUUAAAUUAAUAUUAUUUUAUAUAACUAAGAAUGGGCCCGAGUCGGACCCGACCUGAAUCCGAAUCCGAGUCACGGCUAGUAGUCGCACGCUUCGCACGUGUUUGUCGCCCAAAGCAACUAAAAACGGACCAGAGAACUCAGAAAACCAGAUAAAAAUAAAAGAAAAUUCAUAAGAGGGAAAAAAAAAUUGCUCCACGCGAAGAAGAAACGUUUGAGUCUCUUUCUCUCUCUGCUCUGGUUCGAAAAUAAAAAAGCUCGGAGGACAGAGGCGAGGGUUUUGUGAAGGGGAGAGAGAGGAAUGAAAACCUAGUUUUUGGGAGAGGGAGAUUAGUGGGAGAAAUUUACAUAUACAUACGAGGAGAGAGAGUGGAAGUUAUCUGUGUUCGGCGUUAUCAAGGCUAGGGUUUUCAAAGUCGUUGAUAAAGGACUAGUGUAGCAACAGCUAAAAUUCGCAGUUGAAGAUUUAGUAUUUGGAUCCUUGUGGUUCGACCCUUACAUUGAAGUAUCUGAGUAAUUUCAAUCAACUAGCACUGAGGUUUACAAGGAUUCUGUAUGGAAAAUAGAACAUUAUCCCUGCACAAUUAUUUAUUUGAAUUUGAGUCAUGAUAUAUGAAGCAGUAUGACGCUUGAAGAUUUUUUCACUUUGACUGAGAUGAAAGAUGGGCUCACGGCCCUGUCUCGAGUUGAGGAGCUGGUAGCUGUAAUGCAGAAGGAGAAAGAGUGUGGUGUGAAGAAUGCUAGUGAUGCAACCAGGCAGUGGACUGCUGUGGCCAGCACUAUUGCUGCCACAGAGAAUAAAGAAUGUCUUGAUCGUUUCAUUAAUUUAGAUGGUCUUUGGUUCAUUGAUAGAUGGCUAAAAGAUGCACAACAGUUAUGUAGCGACACAAAUGAAAGCUUUGUGGAAGAGUCCAUUACUGCUUUAUUAAAAGCACUUGAAAAGCUUCAUGUAGAUAAUGAAAAGUCACAAUCUUCAGGAAUCUGGAUUACCAUCAAGAAUCUUCUUGGGCACAAAAGUUCUAGAGUUCAAGACAGAGCUAAACUUCUGUUUGAUAGCUGGAAGCAGGAAAGCGGUGAGGAUAAAGUUAACAAUGGUGUCGACAAUGUUGGUUUAUUGCAUGAUGAUGGGAGUUCAAAGCCUAUUUCAGAUGAAGAUAGGCCAUCUUCUUCAGGUGCAUCUACUUCUGAAGGAACUGUUAAAGGGGAGGAAACACCUACUACGGAACCUGCCAAGGAGAUAAUGAGCUCAGAUAUUCAAUCAGAAAGAGAUGAAGUACAGAUUAAUAAUCAUAAUAAUCAGCUGGGCUUUGACAAAAGUUUAAACAGUGCCAACAUUGAUGAAAUGACUGCAGAUCCACCAACACUUCUUAUGUCACACCCUGUUGAGAAAAGUCCCACUGAGGAAGAUUCCACUAUGUGUUCUGUUGGAGGAAGCACACCAUCUGAGCCUAGUUUUGUGGCUCCUAAGAAUGUCACUGUUGAGGGACAGCCAGAUUUUUCAAAAGUAAAUGUGCUCUCAAAAAAUGAAAAGCAGGCAGACAAAGUUGAAAAUUAUUUGUCUAGUCCAAAGGAGCCUUUUAUUGUUUCAUCAGAUGCUGAUGCUUCAAGGUCGCUGGAACUUAUGAAGCAACCUACUUUGCAAAAUAAUGGCAGAUUGAAUGAAAUUGAUAACUGUCAAAAACUAUCACCUGUUGAUUGUGCAAUGGCAUCUGCGUCUGAUUCAAGGAGUGUGGUUGGGGAUUCAAAGGUUAUUAAUAAUCUCAAUGUAGUUGAAGAUGGUGAAAGUUGCUCUAAAGCUUCACAGUACUCAUCGGGUAAUGGUAAUUCGUUGGGAAAACCUGAAAAUUUAGGUACUUCUUCUAGGAUGGAUAAUCUGGGAACAGUUGAUGAAGACAAGGAGUAUGCUAGGGAUGAAAAUAAGAAGAGUGCUAGUGAUGAUGAUAAGGAGAGUGCUAGCGAUGAAGAUAGAGAUUUUAGGAAUGCUUAUGAGUUUUCUAAGCCUGUCAUUGAUUCCAAACUUUCUGGUGCUAUUGACAGAAGAAGAUCUGAUUCAGAAUUUGAUAAUGGGGUUGACGCUCUAGAAGUUGCUCGACAAGUUGCUCAAGCUGUUGAAAGAGAAGUGGGGGAUUUCAAAGGACCAUUUAGCUGUUCUUCUUCGGAGAAAAUCUCAUCAGGUGAACCAAAUCAGCCAGGUAGUCCAGACUCCGUAAAUGAAAAACAGGACCUACCUUCUGAAGUUCCACCAAAGGAGGAAUCAACUGCACCAAGUCAUUCUACUGAGGCUUAUCCUACAGGAGAGUUGCAGGUGAGAAACGUAGCUAAUCUGGAUGCAGCACCAGAAAAUUGCACCAAUGCUGUGGACUCCUCCCAAGUGACUGAAGCAACACAAGAAACAGAAAUGAACAUAGACAAAGGUCCUUGUGGCUUUGAUCUUAAUGAAGAAAUUUUCUCUGAUGAAAUGGAACGUCUCCCUAAUCCUGUAUCUACGCCUGUUCCGGUUGUUUCUGCUUCAAGGCCAGCGACUCCUGGAUUGUUAGUAUCCCCUUUACAGUUUGAGGGAUCUCUUGGAUGGAAAGGAUCUGCUGCUACUAGUGCAUUUCGGCCAGCUUCUCCUCGCAGAAAUUCUGACAGUGACAAGAAUCAUUCUAUUGGGGGUACCAGCGAUAGUAGUUCAAAGCAGAGGCAAGAUUUCCUUGAUAUUGAUCUCAAUGUGGCCGAAGGUGGAGAGGACUUGGGGAAACAAAUUCCAGCAUUGUCUGGCCUCCCUUCUGGGGAAUCUUCUGUGGAAGUGAGUCCAAAAAAAUCUAAAAGGUUCAAGUUGGAUUUAAAUACCAUUGAAGAUGAUAGUGAUGUUCUUCCAUUGAAUUUGAAGGCAGAAGGGCAGCUCUUGUUCAAUCACCGAAAUGGCCAUCGCAGUCCAUCUCCUGCCUCAUCAUCAUCAUCAAUGCAACCUUUUAUGAGAAAUAUCGAUUUGAAUGAUAGACCAUCUUUUCUCGACUCCAUAGAACAAGGGUCGGGCAAGUCUUUUCAGGGGGUUAAUGCAUAUGUGGUGCCUAAAUCGGAUGCUUCUGUUAUUUCUAUAAUGGGUACCCGUGUGGAAAUCAACAGAAAAGACUGUGUUCCUCAAGUUCUCUCUCUGCAUAAUGGCAAGGCUGUUGAGCCUGCAGUUGAUGCUACUACUAUGACAAGAACGGGGAGUUUUCUGGGGUUGGCUUCCACUGGGUCAUACGGUCAUUCACCUGUUUUUGGGUACAAUGGUCUGACAACAGGGCCUUCAUUGUCUUUCUCCUCUACGAUGUAUGGACCUGGUGGAGCAAACCCCUGCAUGAUGGAUUCACGAGCUACAUUGAUGCCUCAGAAUGCCUCAUUGGCUUCUGCUGCUCCGCCUUUCUCCCAGCAUCCAUUCAUCAUGAGCAUGACGAAUGCACAACCAGGUCUAAAUGGUGCUGGACCGUCACGCCCCAAUUUUGAUCUAAAUUCUGGGUUUGUCGUUGAGGGAGGUGGUAAUAGGGACUCUGUUCUGAGACCCUUUUUCAUUUCUAGCCAGGGAAGGCCUCUGGAGGAGCAGCUGAGGACCAAUUCACAGCCCCCAACAAGUUCUGCUAUUGGUGGGAAAAGGAAGGAACCAGAUGGUGGGUGGGAAGCUUACCAAUUUAGUUACAGACAGCAGCAACCGCCAUCAUGGAGACAGUAAGUUUUUGUUCUCCUGCACCUGUGUCCCCUUGGAUCGAUUCAUGAAUCCAACCAGUAGAGUGAUGCUUGCAUUCGAAAAGAUGAUCCCAAAGAGUAGGUAAGCCCAUUGGCUUUAAUGAGAAGGGAAUCAAUAAAGCCGGAGGGCUUUAUCUAUGUAACAUGAUUUAUACGAUUAAUUUCGGAAGGGAAAGAAGUUAGGUUCUUGCUUUGAUUUUGUUUAUGUUUAAUAAUUUUCCAAUUUUUUCCCUGUUUCAUAGAAGGGCAUUGCAAGGUUAGAAGACUGGGAUAUAUGUAGCUGUAAUUUCUUGUCCAUGUAUAUCACAAAAAUAUAGGAACGGAUGUUAAAUGAUUUUGGUGGUGCU